ACCCGUUUUAUAAAAUGAACCACUCCCGCAAGUGGAGGAGCCGAGCAGAGAUGGGUUGCAGAUUGGAACAAAAAGACAGGGGCCAGUAGUGCUCCUGCGGAGAGAGACAAGAAGGACCGAAAAAAAACGUGACUCGGCAGCCUAAGAGCUGUUAUGCAACCGCUGACCUACUAACACAUAUCUGUAGCAGCGGAGCCGGAGAAACUGGAGCAAAGUGUCCGGCAGCGCACAGCCGACGCGCAGGCAGCCCGAGCCAAAAAGGACAGGAACAGCAUCCAGCCGAGCCAGUGACUCAUCCGUCACCGAGCCGAGCGGCGCCACUCGCUCAAACUUAGUUUUAUUUCACAGUUCCUCUCUCUUUUUUUUUUUCCGCUCCUGGAGGUUUCCUCCUCUGAAGGGACAAUACGGGAAGGAGGAAGCGGGAGCGAGACAGCUUUUGUGUCGGGGGAAGCCUGAAGGUUUUUUUUUUCCCUGCUGCUGCUGUUGCUCCUCCGGGACGCUGAAAGUAACCCAGUUAGAGGGGGACAUCUCGAAAGCUGAGUUCUCAAAGAGCCCUGGAGAAGACGUACUGACCUACAUCCUACGUAAGACACAGUGAGAAUCAGAGCGGCGACCUGAAAAACUCCACGGCUCUGCUGAAGACUGACGAAGAGGCUGAUAAACUCAAAGUCACCUCCUGCAAGACUCCAGGGAGCUUUGAACUAUUUGAAGAAUCAGCUUUAAAAUCACUACAAUCAACCCUCAACCUUGUUUGCUGUUUUCCCCUUUUAUUUUUCAGAACACUACUUCAAUGUCUGAAGUUUUUGUUGAGUUCCACCUCUUUUUAAUCUUUUUGGCUAAUUUGGACACUUGAAAUUUUUGACCUUAGAGGAUAAGUAAGAGAAAUCAAUGAGGCAGUUCUCUCAACAAGCACAAAUACCUCAUCCAGAAGUUUUUACUGAUCCAGCGACAUAGGUCAAACAUCAUACCAACAAAUUAGAAGGCUCAUUUAACCUUUGCUUCUUUUACAUCCACCUUUUCCCCUUCAAUAGGGUCAUAUUUUGGCCCCCAGUUGGGAAAAAAUGGAAAGUCUCAGUCUAAUUAUCCCAUCCAACACCAACAACAGCAUGAUGGAAGCUGAAACAUUUUCGCCCUACAAUGGUAGCGUUCCUUCCCCCAGUCCUGAAGGUUCAGCGCAGACCAGCCGCCAGCCCAAAGGCUCCAAAACAAACGUGUCCUCACGUCGCAAGCGAGAGUUCAUUUCUGAUGAGAAGAAAGAUGCCUCAUAUUGGGAAAAACGGAGGAAGAACAAUGAGGCGGCCAAGCGUUCAAGGGAGAAGCGUCGCCUCAAUGAUAUGGUGCUGGAGAAUCGCGUCAUGGCACUAAAUGAGGAGAACGUUCGUCUGAAGACUGAACUCCUUCAGCUCAAGCUGCGCUUUGGUCUUAUCAGUGCAUCCUCCUACAUGGAGAAAAGUCAGCAGAUCACCAACAGUGCCGGUGAUGGUAGCCCAGGUAGCAUUGGGAGCAGCACCAAUGGGACCCCUAACAGUAACACCUACCACUCGAGCAGCGGCUACUCCAGUGCGUCCCAAGUGAUGCUGAAUUCUGACUCCUCUGAAGCUGAACAGUCCAGCCGGAGUGAACGCCAUACCAUGCUCCACAAGUACUCACCUCUGGGCUCUGUGUCUGAUAUGUCUGAUGGUUCUUCCAGAGAUAGCCCUGAACCCAUCAGCUACAACAUAAAGAAAGAACCCUUAGGCAUGGAGAUGGGUGGAGUGGAAAGCAACAGGAUUCCAAAUGGAAUCACCAAUGGGAUACCAAAUGGAGCUUACCAUGGCAACAACACUCUGGUUUCACCUCACCAGCAAAACACCACAUUAGCUGAAACUGCCAGAGACUACCAGCAUCAUCAGCAGGAGCAGCAGCAGUGCCACAUGGAGACCACUGGUCAUGCUCCACAGGCCACCUCUGCACAGAGGAGCGUCAUCUUGUACCGUUCCAGCAGUGGCUGUUAUCCCAUGGAGAACCAGAAGCUGGAAAACCAGCAGUCCCACCAGAACAGACCACCACAGCACAUCCAGCACAACUUGCCCUCAGAGUUCUCUGACUGUUCAGUAAGCAUCUCUGAGGUUGCAGAGAAGCUAGAGAGGACAAAGACCAUGGACUCACCUCAGUAUGAAUACAGCAAUGAGUCCUCAGAGGAGCUUCAGCAAAGGUACAAUCACAGUGCCCAACUGCCACAUGACAACCUCCCCUGCUACAGCUACCAGGCUCAGGAGAACCGUCCUCAGCACAGUGCAAGUUACCAGAACUCCUUUGCCCCUGAGCUUAUUAGCAGUGAGGAAAGCAAGUCCUUCAUACAGCACAAUGGCUACCUCGGCACACUGGAUGAAGAACCCCCUGUGCUCACUUACGAAGGAGGGCCUCGACCUAAUGGUUUUUAUCAGGAGAACUCCUCUGCUAAAGACACCUCCUCAAGCGAUGGAGACCCUCGGAGCUCUGACAAAGAAGGCUCCACCGAUGACGAAUCCCCCUCAUCAUCCUCCUCAGAUAUCAGCAGCUACCACCAGAAGACAGAGGGAGCUGGCGGUUUGCAUGGCGAAUACCAAGCCGAGGUCAAAGCCACUGCCCUGCCCCACAAGCUCCGUCUCAAGUACAGAGCCCUGUCCAAUGGGGCAGCUGGAGCUCAGGUGGAGGGACUGGUCUCCAACUCUAUGUCCCCUUCCCCCACUCUGCCCCAGCACCCCUACUUAGCUCUACCCAGCAACCCUGCCAAUGGCCAAUCCAACGGAGAGGGAAAAGAUACUCAGACUGAGUAUGUGGAAGAAGUCAAGCCUGAGGUGAAUAACAGGGGAGAGGGUAAAAAGGAUGGAGGGAAAAAGGGAUCUGGUGGUGGAAGGAGUGGACGGAAUAAGAGGCGAGAUUAAGAACAAACAUAAGCAGUUUACGUAUUUUCCUGUCACCUCUCUGUCAUCUGCUGAACAUAGACAGCUACAACUCACACCGGCACUUUGCAGGACAGAAAACAAGGCAGUGAUCUGUGUGAGGUGUAUUUAGUACUGCGUGAAAACGUAUCAGGAUAUGCGAAAUCCCAGAUCCAAGCUCUAGAGGAGCUUCGCCCAGAGCAUGGUGUGAAGGAGAAUUUUUCACAGCCAGAUAGUGAAGUUUUCUUUCAUAUUUCACCAUCAAAUUCACUGUGUCACCCGUAACCCCUUCCUAUACUCUCUCCUACCUCCCAAAGAUCCCUCAGAAUUAAAAUAACAGAUACAGGAGGGAUAGCUGAAACUUCAGAGUUGGACUUUGUGACAUUUCCCUUAAGGAAAAAUUUAUUUUUCAUUUUUAUAAAUUGCCUUAUUGGCUAGUCUGCAUUGCGGCAUUAUGGGAGCAUUCCUUUUACCAAAGAUACGCAUAUUUCCUUUACCUUCUCCCUUUUUGGCAAUCGUCCCCCCCCCCCCACCCCCCCCAGACACACACGUACAUUUGACCUUCUUAUAUCACACUUAGCCCGUUCAACCGAACUGGAUUUUAAUAACCAUCAGCACACAAGUCCCCUUCACUCCCAAAGGCACUUAGAUUGUAUAUUACUGUGAAAUAAAUUUGCAGAUAUCAAAUAUAUAUUUUAAGAAAAAAAAAUGUGGCAAAAACAACAAAAAAAUGAAUAAAAGCAGUGGGAGGAGAAAAAUGUAGACUUACAAAUGAUGCGUGUUGUUUUGAAAAACCUUGUACAGCCCUGUUUUUUUAAUCUCAUUAAUGCCUCAAAAACUUUCUUUUACUAAAACUGUGAGCUACUACUCAUAAAAAAGAAGACCGGUACAGUUUUCUCAGGCUGUGUUCAGAUUGUCCACUCGUUCACUAUAAAUAAGCCAUCCAUCUUUGUAGUGGGUUGGAAAUUCCAACUUUAAGCUUUCAUUUAAGUAUGUGGUUCACUAGAAAUUUGUGUCAUGUGAUGUUAUGUCAUGUGAUGAUAAUGUCAAUUAAAAUAGACCACAGAACUAGGGACAGAAUUUACCUUGCAUGGUAAGGUUAGCAUUAGCGCGCUAACCUUUGUUUUCUGCUAGCGUGCUAAUGUUAGCUUUGGCAUGCUAAAAUUAGUACUAGUGUUAGCAUUUGCUUACAUUUAUACAUAGUAGAGUUGAUAAUGUUAGUAAUAGCAAAGUAAACAUAGUAUGGUGUUAGCAUCCUAAUGUUAGCAUUAGUGUUUGCAUUAGCAUGCUAAUAAUUGCAAUUCUAAGACUGAAAAUGUCUAAUUCUACCAAUUCCCUUUCAGUCUUAGUUGAAGUACCUCUCAAAUUUUAAAGCAAAACAAGAAGGUAAAGAUGUCAAAGAUAAGUUGUAAAUAUAUGUAAGAACAUAAAAUGUGAGUCCCAUUUUAACCAUAUGCUUGCUUAUUUAUUUGCACACAUACUACAAUUUUAAAAACAGUUUUUAGGUAUUUAAUAGCUUUCCAUGUGUAGUGUUCCAAUUUUUUUAUAUUGAAAGUUGCAUUCUUAAUGCUGCUUGAGUGGAUACAUUAUAAAACCGUGUGAAAACAAAUUUGUAUCAUGACGUUUAAUGUCUGUAUUAUAAAUGCAGGUUAUGUUAAUUAUGUGUUUUCAGCCACAACAUCAUCUCAUGCUGUCCAUCAUCUCAAAUUUGGGGGUGCUUUUUGGUUUUCCCUUUAGGUGUUUGUUUAACAUUGCAUACAGUUAUGAAGUACCCUGGACAAUAAUUGAGGAGUUUUCAAACUGGAAGAAAUACCUGCAAACCCUAAUUCUUAGUUUUAGAGAUGCACCAAUCAGAUUUCAACUUGCUUUACCAAACUCAAAAACAAAGUGUAUCAAAGAAAAAACAUGUUUGUUAAUAUGCUUACAUACUAAAAAGUGGGAACUUUAAGUUUUGAUGUAUUUAAUGAAUCUACACAACUUGUGUCAGAAUCAGUCGGGGGAAACCUGUUAAUUUGUUGAUUUAUUGGUGCAUCAUUACUUAGAGCUUUAUAUGGCGAACACGAUAUUGAGAAUAAGUGAACGAGUAGACAUUUCGAACACAGGUUCACAAUGGGAUCCAUGCUCAGACCAUGUGCGCUCUUUGACCAGUUGUGUCCAUAUCAGUUAAGGCAAUGUAGUCCCACAUGGCCUUUACAGAACCUGACAAGCACAAGACUUGUUAGUCAUUCAUUCAGCAAAAUUCAUUGAAUCAAUAAAACAUCUCUCCAGUCACAACCAGCAGAGCUGCUCUCUUUUGGAUAAGGUGCCUCUUUACUGUGUUGUUUCUUGUCCGCAUGUUGGCCAAUGUCUUAGACCCCUCACAACUUCGCACUGAUUUGUUUUAGCUAUAGUAGCUGCAGUAGUUGAUACAGUAUUUAAACUGUUUUACUUCCUGGUGCCUGCCUCUGGCCACUAUGUAUAAAUGUAAAGUUGUCUCUAUCUUGUAUACUGCUGUCCUUAUUAUUUUUAUUAAUAUUUUAUCAAUAUUGUCAUUUUCUAUUCUAUUGUUAUGUGUGUAUUAUUUGUCAGCCACUUGUUUCAUUAUGCUCUAAGCUCUUCCUUGUUGUGUUGUGUAUUUACCCAUUGCUACCCUUUACUGCAGUUACCAUUUGUAUUCUGUGUUACUGUAUAAUCUUUGUCUUUCGCCUAAAGGCUUCCUGAAAAUGGAAAAAAACCCAACUUGUCCAGAAGUAAUUAUGUACUGAUAUAAUUCACGUUGAUAUGCAAAUGGCUACAAGAGAAAACACUCAGUUUUAAUUGUGAAACAUUCAAAAUGGGGGAAAAUAUUAAAGGUUGUUGAAUUGA